AUGGAUCUUGAGCGAGGAUUGUGGCUUGGUUCCAUCCUACUGGUUACAAACACUCCUAAUCCUCCAACCAUCCACAUCCAUCAGAGCCAGGAUUUGUCACCGAAUCCGCGGCAGUUGAAGGCAAACCCCAUCUACACUCAUCAAACAUGGAUAUUCUACCGAUACGACAUCGACUUGAGGAUGGACGAGGAGCAUGCGGCUAAGUGGACCUACGCUAUCACCUCACACCUGGGCUGUACGCGCUACGAGUUCCUGGUUGCCGGACGCCACGAGACCAGCUGGAGAUUCAUUGCUCAUUCUGGCAACGACUUCGCGCUCAAUGUGAGCGCCAACGAUAGAACAAAGCUUGGUGGUGUAGGACUCAUGUGGAAAGACAUACUGCAAAAGAACGCCGAGUGCGGCGGCUUUCACGUGCAGUUGGGACUCGGCGGUCAGAUCUACGCAGACAGACUCUGGAAGGAGAUUCCGUUGUUGAAGCAAUGGACGGCAACAAGCGGCAAAGAGGCACGCAAGAAUGCCCCUUGGACAGCAAAGCAUGAAGAAGAGGUCUGCCAUGCCUACUUCCACUACUAUACCAGCCACUUUGAUCAACCGAACCUGCGAGAAGCUUUUGCUCAGAUUCCCCAUAUCCUUGCACUGGAUGAUCACGACAUCUUUGAUGGAUUCGGUUCUUACCCUGAGUAUAUGCAGUUCUCUAACAUGUUCAAGAACAUUGGACGGCUCGGCAUUGAGAUGUAUCUGCUUUUCCAACACCACACCACACUUGAGAUUCUCCGAAACGUCAGUAAUGACAUGGACCUCUUUACAAUUACAGGAACUGGCUGGCACUUCAUCAAGUACCUCGGACCUUGCGUCACAGUCGUUGGUCCAGACUGUCGGUCUGAACGCAACCCGCAUCAGGUCAUGGCCGGUCCGACAUACCAAGGUAUCUUCCCCAAAGUUGCAACGCUGCCUCCGAGCGUGCAGCAUUGUAUCUGGAUGGUUCCGGUCCCAAUUGUUUAUCCUCGCCUGGAGUCUGUCGAGCACCUGGCACACUCAAUGGCAACGGGGAAGAAGGCGGUUACUGGCACCUUCAACAUGCUUGGAAAGGUCACGGCCGGUGUUGCUGGCGUUGUCGGCGCGAAGAGCGUGGUUGGCGAUGGCUUCAAUUCAAUCAAGAAGGCUGUCGGCAAGUCUGGUCUGAUGAGCGGUGUUCUCAGUCCUUUUGGAGAAAUCGACUUGCUCGAUGAGUUGAGAGAUAUGUGGACGCACGAAUCAAAGGACCUUGAGCGGACCUACUUGAUCCGGACUCUGCAAGGCAUCGCUCACAACAAGUCAUUGCGCAUGACGUUCUUCUCUGGAGCGGUCGACUGCUGCGGUGCUGGUCUUGUACAUGACCCAGCAAGACCGCAAGACCACAAGACCAUGUACCAAAUCAUUUCGUCUUCUGUGGUCAAUGGUCCACCUGGCAACUACGUUCUUCGACUGUUGCACAACAAUCGGGCGCUUUACGUACCGCAGAACGGUCAUCGCAGCAGUCAACAGCCUACGGAUACCAAGGAAGACAUGAUGGAGAUCUUCACGCAGGACGUGAACGGGCAAGCUCGGGAAUACAAGCGGCUCAUGGGCCGCAGAAACUAUGUCGCUUGUGUCAUUUACGACCCUGAGAUUGUCAAUGGCACAUUCGGCCAAGCCGUGCCCGGCCAUGGAAGUGGGAAGCUGAGCUUGGCGGUGGAUUUCAUGGUGCAGAACGACGGCGGCUACAGCGCGCCCAUGAAGUAUGGCCCUGUCAUUGUACCGAGCUUGGAGUAUGGGAGGUGA